AUGGAAGGCGAUCAAGAGACGACGGGUUUCACUCUGGUCACGAGGAAGCCUAACUUCGACCUCCCAACAGCUUGCCCUAAUUGCCUUCCCGCUUACAUAUACCUGAAGCUAGCCCAGCUUCCUUUUGAACUGGCGUUCAAUUCGACUUUCCCUGAUUCAGAUGAACUUCCGUACUUUGAGAAUGGUACAUAUGUUGCAUACAACAAUGAAGAUGGAGGAGUUAUUGAGAAACUAAAGAAAGAUGGGAUUAUCAAUCUGGACUCUCCGCUCCAGUCUCUCCCGGAUUAUCUAGCCUUGAAGGCUCUUAUUGUUUCUUGGCUAGAAGAAGCUCUUACCUAUGAACUAUGGGUUGGUACAGAGGGAAUAUCAGCACCGAAGAUCUACUACUCAGAUCUUCCUUGGGCGAUUGGUAAGGUCCUGUUCUAUAAGCAGACAUACAUGGCCAGGAACCGGUUAGGAAUCACCAAAGAAAACGCAGAGCAAAGAGAGAAACAGAUAUACAAGAGAGCAACUGAGGCAUAUGAAGCCUUGUCGAGUAGGUUAGGCGAGCAGAAGUUUCUCUUUGAAGAGAGGCCUUCGAGUUUGGAUGCUUUCUUUCUCUCACACAUACUCUUUACAAUCCAAGUAUUACCGGAAACAUCAGUGCUUCGGUGCAAACUUAUGGAACAUAGCAAUCUUGUCAGAUAUGCUGAGAAGCUAAAGUCGGAGUUCCUCGAAGCCUCUUCUUCAUCUCCUUCGCCUCCGCUUCACUCAUUCCCUUCUUCAUUUUCAAGAAAGAGUUCGAAGCCAAAGAGCAAACCAAAGACGGAGAAAACCGAAGAGGAGAAGAAAUUCAAGAAGAGAGCAAGAUUCUUUCUAGCUGCUCAGUUUCUAGCCGUGGUCAUCUACUUAUCCGUGAUGGGAGGAGGUAGCUCCAAUGAACUGGAGUAUGAAGAUGAAGAUUACUGA